AUGAGUGGGAAAUUCGUUAGAGCAUCUAAAUAUCGUCACGUCUUCGGACAAGCUUCUAAGAAAGAGCUUUGUUACGAAAACUUAAAAGUCACCAAGAACGCUUGGGAUUCGGACAUUAUUCAAACCAACGGGAAAUAUAUUUCUUUGAAUUGGGAUUCUUCAGGUGGUGGUGCUUUUGCAAUUAUCCCUGUAGGUGAAGUUGGUAAAGCUCCUGAUACCGUUUCAUUAUUUAGAGGUCAUAAGGGCCCAGUUUUGGAUACUUCAUUUAAUCCCUUCAAUGAUCAACAAAUUGUUUCAUGUUCUGAUGAUGGAAAGAUCUUGGUAUGGGAAAUUCCUCAAGAUUACUCUUUCCAUAAGUACAUUGAUGAGAAUGAAAAUAUCAAAGAUAUAACUGAACCAAUCAAAGUCUUAUCAGGUCAUACCAGAAAAGUUGGUAAAGUUCAAUUCCAUCCAUGUGCCGAAAAUGUCUUAGCUUCAUGUUCAUUAGAUUAUUCCGUUAAGAUUUGGAAUUUAGAAACCGGUAAAGAUGAAAUCACUUUACAACAUAAAGAUUUGGUCACUUCUUUUGCCUUUAACUACAAUGGUUCAUUAAUGGUAACAGCAUCUAGAGAUAAGAAAUUAAGAAUUUGGGAUGUUAGAUCAGGUAAAAUCAUCUCUGAAGGUCCAGGUCAUACUGGUGCCAAGCCAGCUAGAGUCGCUUGGCUUGGAAAUACUGACAGAGUUGUAACCACUGGUUUCUCAAGAUUAUCCGAUCGUCAAGUUGGGGUUUGGGAUGUUAAUGACAUUAAUAAAGGUCCAAUUGAUGGAUUCUUAGUCAUUGAUCAAUCUUCUGGUGUUUUAAUCCCAAUUUAUGAUGAUGCUACUUCCAUUUUAUACUUAGCAGGUAAAGGUGAUGGUAAUAUUCGUUAUUAUGAAUAUGAAAAUGACUAUUUACAUGAUUUAUCUCAAUAUCCUUCAACUGACCCUCAAAGAGGUUUCUGUGCUUCUCCUAAAAGAGCUGUCAAUGUUAAGGAAAAUGAAAUCUUGAAAUGUUACAAAACUGUCAAUGAUCAUUCAAUUGAACCAUUGAGUUUUAUUGUUCCUAGAAGAUCAGAAUUAUUCCAAAAUGAUAUCUUCCCUGAUUGUCCUUCAAAUAAACCUGCUUUAACUGCUGAUGAAUGGUUUGGUGGUAAGAAAUGUAACGGUCCUUUAUUGAUGAGUAUGGAAUCAAUUUAUGAAGGUACUGAACCUGAAAUCACCGAAUCCAAACCAGGAAUUAAAGUCGGUGAAGCCAAGGCCGCUAAAGAAGCCGAAAAGGCUAAAGAAGUUGAAAAGCCUGUUGAAAAGGUUGUCGAAAAACCUGUUGAGAAGGAUGAACCAGUUCAAGAACCUAAAUCAGUUGAUGACAGUUUGAAAUCUUCUUCUGAAGUUAAUAAACUCUUGGAUAAGGUUACUGUUUCAAGUGAUGUUGAAGAAGAAGUUGAAAGUGGAGUCAAAGAUGACGAAUGGGAAGAAGUCAAAAAACCAGUUGAAGCCCCAGUUGUCAUUGAAAAGGAAGAAGUUCCAAAAGUCACCAAAGAGGCCAAGGUCGAACCAAAGGUCGAACCAAAGGUCGAAGCUAAAUCUGAACCAAAAGUCGAGCCUAAAGUUGAACCUAAAGAAGAACCAAAGAUAUCCAAACCUGUGGAAUCAGCUCCUUCUGAAGUUACCACCGAAGCUAAAUCUGAGGCCAAGCCAACUUUAAAAUCUACCAUCGAUAGACUUGCCUCUAUUGUCGACAAAUUAGAAUCUCAAGUUUCCAAGUUAACUGCUGCUGGUUUGGAAAAAGACGAAAAAUUACUGCAAUUAGAGAAAAAACUUGAUGAAUUAUUAAAGAAAUAA